AUGAAGACGAACCGCCGCGGCCGAGCGCUCCUGGCCGUGGCCCUGAACCUGCUGGCGCUGCUCUUCGCCACCACCGCCUUCCUCACCACUCACUGGUGCCAGGGCACGCAGCGGGUGCCCAAGCCGGUCUGCGGCCAGGGCGGGAGCGCCAACUGCCCCAACUCGGGCGCUAACGCCACGGCCAACGGCACCGCCGCCCCCGCCGCCGCCGCCGCCGCGGGGAACGGCCCCCCUGGCGUCGCGCUCUACAGCUGGGAGACGGGCGACGACCGCUUCCUCUUCAGGAAUUUCCACACCGGCAUCUGGUACUCGUGCGAGGAGGAGCUCGGCGGGCUCGGUGAAAAAUGCCGCAGCUUCAUUGACCUGGCCCCAGCAUCAGAGAAAGGGGUCCUGUGGCUGUCGGUCGUCUCCGAGGUGCUCUACAUCCUCCUGCUGGUGGUUGGUUUCAGCCUCAUGUGUCUCGAGCUCUUCCACUCCAGCAAUGUCAUCGACGGGCUCAAGCUCAAUGCCUUUGCGGCCGUCUUCACGGUGCUCUCAGGUCUCCUGGGAAUGGUAGCCCAUAUGAUGUACACGCAGGUGUUCCAGGUCACCGUGAGCCUCGGCCCUGAAGACUGGAGGCCCCAUUCCUGGGACUACGGGUGGUCCUUCUGCCUGGCGUGGGGCUCCUUUACCUGCUGCAUGGCAGCCUCUGUCACCACGCUCAACUCCUACACCAAGACGGUCAUUGAGUUCCGGCACAAGCGCAAGGUCUUUGAGCAGGGCUACCGGGAGGAGCCGACCUUCAUAGACCCUGAGGCCAUCAAGUACUUCCGGGAGAGGAUAGAGAAGGGGGAUGGGAACGAGGAGGAGGACCUUCGCUUGGAUUGCCGCCAUGAGAGAUACCCUGCCCGAUACCAGCCACACAUGGGAGAUUCCUGGCCCCGGAGCUCUGCACAGGAGGUGCCGGAGCUGAACCGCCAGUGCUGGGUCCUGGGGCACUGGGUGUGA